GCAGUCUUUCGUUUAUUUUACUUCGCCAAGUUCUGCCAAAUUUUCUGCUUUACUCUAUUAAUCGCCAUAUAUAAUAUCUUAUAUCUCUAACCCGCAAAUUGAAAUUUGACCCAGACCUGUUUUUCUGACCAGUUCCAUUAUUAUAAUUACAGGUUACUUCUAUAAAACGUCAUAAGUCAUCUCAUUAAAUUCCAUCACUUCCUAUGUCGGCGAUUCUUCGAAUGUUCUAGAAACUUUAGCACAAGUUUCAAGGAAUGUCACCACAUCAAUAACAUUCAGCUCUUCCUGACGUUCACUUCCAUAUCUGAUCCCAAUAAGUAGGCAAAAUGAGUUCAGUGAUUAGUGUGGAGAAGCUGUUGGAUGAUGGAGAUAGUUCUAUGCUGAUGUCCACACCAACAUAUAAGAGGCCAAAAGCCCCGUUUCUUCGUGAUUCUCUCAAUGUCCCUGCGCCAAUUUCCACACAUGAUCGCACGCUAAUGAAAGAUUUGGGGGGUCGUGUGCAAAAAGAAGGCAAUGAUCCGGAUUGUGUUUGGAAGGAACAGAGGUAUCCGUCUCGAAAGAGAGUUUCUCCUGUUCAUGAUUUCCUUUCUGGUCAAGAGUGUAAAGCACCUAGACUUGCUGAAACACAGGACAUACAAUUGGGUCAACGUGAAACCGAUUUCACCAUCCAAGCUGUUGUGACCGAUGCAAUUCAGAAUGGAGGACAGCCGAUCCAACAUGAUACUGUUUUUGGAAAAGUUGGGGACUUUGGAGAAGACCCUCUUAGAUCACAGGAAGGUGCUUUUGCACAGACAACUAUGCAAGCACCUUUGUUGAAUAAAUCAUCGAAGAUCAAAGGAAAAAACGGGAACUUUGAAGAUAACGAUGAUGAACAAGAAAAGGGGAAGGAACAGUCAGAAAAUAAUAGAAAAGGGAGCACAUCGGUCGUUAAGGAUAAAAAGAAGAAGAAGAAAUCAAUUGAAUUUUCUCAUACUGACAUGAAACUGUUUGAAGGUAGUCUUGCAGGUGCUAAAAAAGAAAGAAGCUCGCAUCGUCGUAAAGUAAGGGAUACGCUACGCUUAUUUCAUGGUGUACAUAGAAAGCUAGUGCAAGCUGAUGAAACAAAGACUAAGGGCCGAGUGGAUUCUAGCAUUAAGCUAAUUGCUGCGGCAAAGAUCCUUAAGGAUAAUGAUAGAUAUGUCAAUACAAAAAAAAUAUUGGGGCCAGUCCCUGGGGUUGAAGUAGGUGAUCUUUUCAAUUAUCGUUUAGAACUUACAAUUAUCGGGCUUCAUAGGCAAAUUCAAAGGGGUAUAGAUUUUAUAAACCAAGAUGGAAAACUUCUUGCAAUAAGUAUCGUGGAUUCUGGGCGUUAUGAUAAUGGUAAGAUUGAUUCUGAUAUACUGAUAUAUACUGGUCAAGGGGGAAAUUUAGCUGGUGGAUGCAAGCUGUUGGAAGAUCAGAAGCUUGAAGACGGGAAUCUUGCUUUGAAGAAUAGUAUCGAAAAGAGGAAUUUGGUUAGGGUUAUUCGAGGGUUCAAAGAGAGGAAGCAGAUCGAUUGGAAACGUACAACAACUGCAACAUAUUUUUACGAUGGAUUGUUUACUGUUGAAAGGUAUUGGCUUGAUCUCGGGCCUCAUGGGAAGUGGAUGUUUAAGUUUGAGCUGAGAAGAGCUCCGGAUCAGCCAGAACAACUGAUGAAAAUGGUAAAGCAAGGAAAGAAAGCGAAGAAAGCAAGGAAAUCUAAGAAACGGGAAACUCAUAAUAUGGAUGAUAUUUCAAAAGGCAAAGAGAAAGCUCCGAUUUGUGCUGUUAAUACCAUUGAUGAUGAGAAAAACCCGCCAUUUACAUAUAUUACCGAAGUUAUGUACCCUGAUUGGUGUCGGCCUAUGCCUCCUACGGGUUGUGUCUGUAAAGACGGUUGUUCAGAUUCAAAGCAUUGUGCCUGUGCCAUCAAGAAUGGAGGGGAGAUCCCAUACAACUAUAGUGGGGCAAUUGUUGAAGAAAAGUCCCUUGUGUAUGAAUGUGGGCCCUUCUGCAAGUGUCCUCCGACUUGUCACAAUAGGGUUAGCCAACAUGGUAUCAAACUUCCUCUUGAGAUUUUCAAGACUAAAUCGAAGGGGUGGGGUCUCAGAUGUCGUACUUCUAUUGCAUCUGGUAGCUUUGUAUGCGAGUAUAUCGGAGAGCUCCUUGAUGACAAUGAAGCCGAACAAAGAACCGACAAUGAUGGAUAUUUAUUUGAUAUUGGGCAAAAUUACACUGAUUUUACUCUUCGUGAAGGGCUUUCGGCACUUAUACCUGACAUGGCGCCUAGUUGUACCGAUGUGGUAGAAAAUGUCGGUUUUACCCUUGAUGCAGCAAAGUAUGCUAAUGUUGGAAGGUUCGUCAACCAUAGCUGUUCUCCGAACCUUAUUGCGCAGAAUGUGCUUUAUGAUCACGAGGACAAGAGAGUUCCUCAUAUAAUGUUUUUUGCAGCACAAAAUAUACCUCCUCUACAAGAGCUUACUUAUCAUUACAAUUAUGAGAUAGAUCAUGUUGUUGAUUCUAAAGGGAAUAUCAAGAAAAAGAGUUGCUACUGUGGCUCAAGUGAUUGCACCGGAAGAAUGUAUUAAUAAAACUUGAGCAGAUCUCCAUUCAAGUAAUUGAAUUAUGAAAUUCUACACAAAUAACAAAAUUGGGAGUACGUCGAUUCCCCAAGAGAGCUUCUAAUGAAAGAAAAUUCCGUUUUGCUUUAUGAUGGCUCCUUCGGCUGAAGCGAGGAGGAAGCUUUUCUUCUUGAAUCUAUACCUUUGAUUAGUCGUUUACUCUUUUCGGUUUUGUAGAAUGUGCAUUGAGAUAGUAUUAAGUCGACUUUUGUCAUCGACUCGUCGUUCUUGAGAUCAGUUUAAUCUUUACGUUUCAUAGAUUUAGUUCAUUGAGAUUAGAAUAGCAGCUUCUUCUGUGAUAGAAAAUAUUUAUCCAAAUUUAAUUUUAGCCUGUAAAAUAAUAAUAUUCAUUAUAACAUUACACAUUUUAAAAAUAAUGAAUU